AUGCUCCUGGCCGUGGUCCUUGCCUCUGCCCUGCUCCUCUGCUCCGCGGCCAGCCAGAGGUGUUUGACCUUGACAGGGAUCAAGGAUGUCGAGUACCUCAUCAACAACCUGCAGAAACAUCCACCUUCAAACUGCAGCUGCAGCACCAAUGUAACUGAUUGUUUGUGUCUGCCCAUUCCUUCUGACAACUGCACCACAGCAUGCUUACAAGAGGGUCUGUCGCAGAUGACCAACACCACAGUGAAAACAAGUUUCCCGCUGAUUUUCAAUCGGGUGAAGAAAACAGUUGAAGCUCUCCAGAACAACAAGUGUGGAUCUUUCUCCUGUGAACAGCCAUGCAACCAAACCACAGCAGGCAAUAUGAUGACAUUUCUGAAGACUCUCCUGGAAAGUUUCCAGAAAGAAAGGAUGAGAGGCAGAGUGUGA